AUGAUUAAGCUUUGCCAAAACUUGAAAAACUACUUUUCAAGCUCUUUCUUUCCAUACAAUCCAAAGGGAUAUUAGAAUAUUUAACAAUAUAUUCAACAUCAUCAAACAAUAAAAAUAAAAUUAACUGAAUUUGAUGUCUCCAAGGAUUAAUUUAUCUUUGCAUAUAACAAUUUUAUUGACUCCAUUUUAGAAGAUGAUUUUAAUAUAUAUGCUCAAUAGGUUUGUGAUAAAAAAUUAGCAGAUGAAUUUAUUGAAGGUGUUUCCAGAAUUAAGAGGGAAUAAUUAAAAAUUGAAAAAAUGGUGAAUCCUGAGAUAUAAGAAGAAAUAUACUUCUCAGAUAUGAACUUUUUUGUGAAUGUUGAUCGAGGAAUCUCUUUAUAUGAUCAUGUAAAAGUAUUUGAAUAGCUUAGUCAGAAGUAGAAACAGUUGGAAAAUUUCCAAAAUUUACCUAACUUCAUAGUGAAAAAAAUGAACUUUUGAAUUGUUUUUCUUUUGGAGCUUUUAUAAAGUCUAAAUUCGCCUUAAAGAUAUCAGACAUAGAAGUAUAUAUAUUUGAAAAUUGAUUAGUAUGAACCUGAAAACUUUCAUUACGUAAGAUUUAUGGUACUUAAAGAUUAAGAGGAGCUAAAAAGUCUUUUUAAAACCAUAAAAUCAUUAUUAGUUUAUAAUGAAAAGGAGAUUUACCUUGGAGAUAAUCCUUCCUGGAAAAUUAUAGAUGUAGACAGAAAUAUGGAAAAAAAGUAUCCUUAAUAUUUUUGAACAUUAAAUUUAUAUA